AUAAACUGAAUCGUUCGUUUUUCCCCCUAAAUCAAGUACCUUACCCAUGGUAAUCAGCAUUAAAGAAAAACCUUAUCAGCUGUUAAUUGGAAAGAAAACGACUUUACAUGAUAAGAUCCUCAAUUAAACUACCUUGUGCGAGAGAGAUUAAAUGAAUUGCCCACUGAUCAGUCUUUAUCUGCACAAAAUUCAUUUAUUUGUGAAGAAAUUCUCACGGAUUAAAGAUGAAUCUUCUGCUAAUUGUUCUUCUCAGCACAUUUUCCUUCUGUCUCUGUCAAGACCUCGAACCCAUUGUCCUUGUCCAUGGCGGUGCUGGUUUCACAUCCGAUGAGAGAGACCCGGAAAAAUUUGCCGGCACCAAAUUGGCUGCACGUAUUGGGUAUCAAACCCUAAUGGAGACUGGAUCUGUCCUGGAUGCCGUUGAGCAAGCUGUUAGGAGUAUGGAACUCGAUUCAGGCUUCAAUUGUGGCUACGGUGCUGUACUGACGCUCAAUUGGACCGUAGAAAUGGACGCCAGCAUAAUGGAUGGAUCAGAUUUAUCCGCUGGAUGCGUUUCUGGGGUUCAAGACAUCCUGCAUCCCAUUACUCUGGCAAGAAUGGUACGAGAACGAACCCCGCAUACCUUCCUCUCAGGCGUGGGACUUAUGGAAUUUGCCAGGCAGCAGAAUGUUCACAUUCUCUACCCGCCUGGACAGAUGGCUUCAGAGAGGGCGAAAGCUUCCCUACAAGCUUGGCUGGAUAGUCAGGCAUCAAACCCCGGGAAUACUGAGACUUUUGGGGAACCUGGAACUGUUGGAGCGGUGGCAAUGGAUGCUUAUGGCAAUUUAGCAGCAGCUACGUCCACUGGUGGGAUUACAGGGAAGUAUCCAGGUCGUGUUGGUGAUACCCCCUUGCUGGGAAGUGGAACAUAUGCAGACAAUCGCUAUGGGGCUGUUUCAACCACCGGCCAUGGGGAGAGUAUAAUGAAGGUGAAUCUUGCAAAGGAUAUUAUCAACAGGAUGGCCUAUCUGGGGGAAGAUGUUCAAACGGCUUCCAUGAAUUCCGUUGAGGAAAUGACGCGCUUGCUUGCCAACACUGCUGGGGUAAUUGUUCUCGAUCCUGCAGGCAAUCCUGGGAUAUACACGUCCUCCGGGAAGAUGUCCUGGGCCUACCAGAGAAACGAUACCGUUCACUAUGGUAUUCGCCCUGAGGAUCAUUUCACAGAGAGUGCAUGGAAUUGAAUUUAAAGGAGAAUUUCUUUGGAAAUAAAUUGAUGAAGAACCUUUU